AUCAAUGGUGUGGACACAUGCACAUCCGCUCUUCGCUUACACCCACUUGCCACCUUCACCUCCCUUUGCUUCAGACGCAUUGAUGAUUUGUACAUAGAUCCACGCAAGUCUUGUCCCUUUCCCUCCGCCUGUCUCUUCGGUCGACUCGUACGCGUGCCUACUCCUUCCCCAACUGCAAUCCGACAUCGCAGCCCGACGAUCGCUCAAUCCUCCCUCACCCUCCCCAAACCACCGCAAACAUGCGCGACCCUUCUCCCCCCGAACAAACUCAUCGCAAAGCUCGCAUCAUCUCCGUCGUUGCCGCCACGGCCAUUGCACUCGCCUGCGGCACCAAUUAUGCCUUUUCCGCAUGGGAACCACAGUUCGCCGAACGGCUGCAAUUGUCCGCGACCCAAGCCAAUCUGAUUGGCAACUUUGGCAACAUUGGCAUGUAUGCGAUGGGCAUCCCGGGCGGCAUAAUUAUCGACUCCAAAGGUCCAAGAUGGGGAGUGCUGCUCGGGGUGAUUGGGCUCGCAGUCGGCUACUUCCCUUUGCACAACGCAUACGACCAAGGGGUCGGCAGCAUGAGCGUGCCAGCGCUGUGCUUCUUCUCCCUCAUGACGGGCAUUGCCAGCUGCACGGCGUUCAGCGCGGCAUUGAAGGUUGCCGCCAUGAAUUGGCCCAACCAUCGGGGCACUGCUACGGGUAUACCAUUGAGUGCUUUUGGCCUAAGUGCCUUCUUCUGGACGACUUUGUCGGCAUUCCUGUUUCCCGACGACACCUCGGGCUAUCUGAUGCUUCUCGCCGUAGGGGCGACGAGCCUCGUCUUGCUCGGCAUGAUCUUUCUCAAGACGGUGCCGAUGCAGUCGCAAUACGAUGCCGUACCUACAAGUGAGCGACCGGGCCUGGCAAGGGCUGAUAGUAAUCCGAUGAGGAAGAGUAGGUCACACUCCCGCAACGCCAGUGUGUCGAACGACAUGGCAGAGGAGACGUCCUCUCUUGUCUCGUCAGCUCCCGGCGAUAUACAAGACGGCGAAACACAGUCUCGUCACGCCAGCAAGCCCGACAUCACCGGCUGGAGAUUGCUCAAGACGCCGCACUUCUACAAGCUGUGGAUGAUGCUCGGCAUUGGGUGUGGUGUAGGGCUGAUGACAAUCAACAACAUUGGCAACAACACCCGUCAGCUGUGGCACCACUGGGAUGCGGGCGCCACUCAUGAGUUCAUCCAAAAGGCCCAACUGACGCAGGUUGGCAUUCUCUCCCUCAUGUCCUUCGCCGGCCGCCUGAGUUCCGGCAUUGGCAGUGAUUGGCUGGUGAACCGCAACGCAAACCGCCUCUGGAUGAUUGUGACCUCUUCGAUCAUCUUCGUGCUGGCACAGACAGUCGCCAUGACGCUCGAGAACCCCAAUUACCUUUGGCUGCUUUCUGGCCUGACUGGCCUCGCCUAUGGCCAACUGUUCGGCGUCUUCCCUGCCCUGGUCGCUGAUGCGUUUGGCACCGCCGGGAUGGCUAUCAAUUGGGGUGCAAUGACCUUGGCUCCCGUAAUAUCUGGCAACUUCUUCAAUCUCGCGUACGGCAGCAUUCUCGAUCAGCACUCCAGGCUCGAAAAUGGGCCGGAUGGGAAGCCAGAGUUGAUAUGCAACCUCGGCAAAGCAUGCUACUCCUCCGCAUACUGGAUCACUUUCUUUUGUGCAAUUGGAGCCAUUGUGUUUUGUCUGUGGGCGAUUCGGGGACAGAGAAGAGAGCGCUCGCUGGAGGAGAGGGAGAGACUGAAUCGGGAGCAUCAGCCGUGAACGUGACGAAGUACAUUUGUUGUGCUAUUCGAUAGACUGGGCGCUUGGAUACCCAUCCUAUAGCAGAGUGUGAAUAUAGCAAUUCUGCUGAUGUACGAAUCUGAUGUGUACAAGAAGGUCACCUGAGGAGCCGAUUUCGGGCGUGCAAGUGCCGCGUUCUCUUUCCUUGCUGGGAAGACUGUGGGGAAGUUUGACGGCACUCGUUCCGCGGGCAGGGUAAAGGGCACCGAACAGCUGC